AUGGCUGCUCCCCAAGUCCACGACACCGACGUCCACAAGCGAGGGGAAGACCAAGCAGGCCCGUCGUCGUCGCCUCCGCCUUCGUCGCUGCCAAUCUACCACGAACAGUUUGCAAGGGAGGAUGAUGAUUUCGUGCUGGAGUCGCUGGAGGGCACGCUCUACCGGGUAAAUUCGUACACCCUCCGCACAACGUGCGGGCUAUUCCGGACAAUGCUGUCGCUCCCCUGCCCACCAGACCCUUCACACGACCCCUCCCAAUGCACCACAUCCACAUCCACAUCCACGCCCACGCACCCUCCGCUCGCCAUCCACCAACCAGACGCAGUCCUCGUCCCCCUGCUCUGCCUCAUGUCCGGCCUGCCGGAACCGGCCCUCCCCACGCUCGCCGAUAUCGCCGCCGUGCUCCACCUCGCGGAGAUCUGGGACGCCCCGGGGCCCAUCGCGUUCCUCCGCCCCGCGGUGUGCACGCCCGCGUUCCUCGCGUCGGACCCGCUGCGCGUGUACGCGCUCGCGGCGCACUUCGGCUGGCGCGCGGAGGCGCAGGCCGCGUCGACGCACACGCUGCGCCUUAACUUGCUCAACCCGUCGUCGCCGGACGCGCUCGCAGACACGGACAUCCCCGGGUGCGCGCUGCUGCCGCUGCUCGCGCUGCACCGCACGCGGCGCGACACGCUGCGUGCGCUGCUGGACAGCCCGGAGCGGUUCCUCGCGGGGAACGGGUCGCCGUUCUUCUGCGCGACGUGCGCGACGACGCCGCUCGACAACCGCAGCUGGCGGGAGCUCAAGGCGCGCGUGUUCAAGGAGAUGGAGGCGCGCCCGUUGGGCGAUAUGCUGGGCGUGCCGGUGGGCGGGAUGGCUGCGUGGGAGGAGAGCAAGGCCUGCUGGGCCGCGGUGUGCACGAAAGCUGAUUGCUCGGCUGCGAAUUAUGAUCGCGUUGCGACGCUCCGGCAGAUGAGGUCAUGCGUGGACUCAUUGCCGUGUCAGGUAGAGGUCGAUUGGUUGGCUGAGGAUAUCUGA